UUCGACAAGUUGGGGUCGUUGUACUCGGGUCUUACCUGCCGCACUGUUUUUAGGGGCACCUCCUCUCUCAAAAUGAAUAGGUCAUUUUACCUGUUGUGUUUGGUUGCUAUUGCAUUGGCCGUUGACAAUGAGGCAAGUAGUCCCAAACGGGAAUCGCAAGUCGUUCAUGGAGGAUUAAUGGGCGCUCUGCUUGGAAGUGCACUUCCUGGACAACGACACGGUUCUAGGCAUUACAUAGGCCAUCUUCCAUCUUACCAUGGGCAUGGCAGUCACGGUCAUUACGAACACGGGCACGGAUAUGGACACGGGCAUGGACACGGACAUGGGCAUGGCUUUGGCUUCGGUGGCCACCAUGGAGGACACCACAGUGGUGGACACGGACACCACGAGCAUGGACACGGAUAUCAUCAUGGCCAUCAUUGAUGGACAAUUGAUUGAUUGGCCCUAUAUCUGUAGCUUCGUUUCCUUUCCACAUCCGUUUCACAAUCCCGAAUCAAUUUAUCUUUGUUGCACGAUCGUGCAGUCCAUUUCAAUUUCCUUGAUCCGGUUUGUACCGGCCCAGGGACGCCUUACCAGUUCAUGCAUUUAUCUUUCGGCUAUUUUUAGGGCAGGCUAUUUAUAUCUCACUUUCCCAUCUCAAAAGUUGGGGGAUUCAACAUUUGCGGGUUCAUUGAUCCAUCCAAUACACACACUGACCUCAGCACAUA